AUGGGCCGCGCGCCGCCGCCCGCGCUGGCUGCGCUGGCCGCGCUGCUGGCCUGCCUGCCAUACGGCGCGCCGCAAGCUAUCCAGGACAGUCGGUGCUACUUGAUGAACGGCGGCGCGGUGGAGAGCUUCUUCAUCAGCGAGGACCUCCCCGUGGGCAGCAUCAUUGGAACAUUGAGCGUAAACGGGGACCCGAGUGAGAACGGCGACAUAACCCUGAGACUGCAGGAACGUGAGGCGGCGGUGGGUAUUGCCCCCGGCUCCAAGAACCUGACGCUGCUGCGCGCGCUGGACCGCGAGGAGAGCCGCGGACCCUCCAACGUGUACGUCAACGUGAGGUGCGACCGACGCCGUACCACCGACCCGAGUUUCGUGAUCCCGGUGUCGGUGCGCGUGUGGGACGUGAACGACAAUGCGCCAUCGUGGGCGGGCGCGCCGUACAGCGUGCGGCUGUCGGAGCUCACCGCGCCCGGCUCGCGCGUGCUGCCCGCGCUCAGAGCUACCGACGCCGACCAGCCCGGGCCCCACGCCACCGUGCACUACUCCGUGCUGCCGGGGCCGCACAGCGAAUACUUUGGUUUCGCUAACGAGUUGGACAGCGUGUUAAUGGUGAAGAAACCCUUGGACUACGAGACUUUAAGAAACUUCACUGUAACGUUGCGAGCUCAGGACCAUGGCACGCCACCCUUGCACAACGACACACAGCUGUACGUGGAAGUGUUGGAUGCCGAUGAUCAGAACCCAAAGUUUUCUCAUGACCACUACUCGGCGAUAUUGCCUGAUAAUGCGCAAGAGGGAACAAUAUUGGAGACUUCCCCAGGUCCAAUAUCAGCGGUGGACCAGGACGUGGGCAUUAAUGCUCCACUGUACUACUCGACGUCUGGAGACAACCGCGAGCUGGUAGCCGUGGACCGCGACACCGGCCGAGUGAUGGUCACCGCCAGGCUGUUGGCCGAGCGGCAGCUGCCUGUCACCAUCGUCAUUAAGGCGACACAGGUGGACAACGCGGACCGGUACGCGCUGGCGACGCUGGCGGUGGCGGGGGGGGGGGGGGGGGGGGGGGGGGGGGGGGGGGGGGGGGGGGGCGGGGGCGCCGUGCUGGCCGCGCUGCACACGCUGCCGCCGCGCGACGCCGCCGCGAGCCCAUUACAAUUUUACGUGUCGGACCGUAGCUUCUUGGAGAAGUUCGCGAUCAAUAGCAACGGUGAAGUUAUACUGCGCCGCGCACUCGACUAUGAAACGACAAAAGAGUAUUUUUACCAAGUGAUGGUCACUGACGGAGUAGCUAACGAUACAGCUACCAUCAAUAUAACAGUAGUGAACGUGAACGAGUGGGAGCCUCGGUUUCGACACCCACAGUAUGAGUUCCGUGUGGACGAGGAGGCUGCGAGCGGAGGCAGCAGCGGAGGCCUGCUGCCGGUCGGGAAGCUGGACGCGUACGACGGGGACGCCUCCGACACUGUCUCGCUCACGCUGCGUGGUACUCACGCCAGCAUGUUCUACAUCAACGACGCCGGUGAAAUGUUCCUGCGUGCGGAGUCUCUGGCGGCGCUGAACACGUCCGUGCUACACGUGGUCGCCACCGCGCGAGACUCGGGUUCUCCGCCGCGGCAGACGUCGGUGCCUGUGCUGGUGCACGUGGGCGAGCGUCUGCUGCGCGGCGCCCCGCGGCCCGCCGCCGGCCCGCUGCUCGCGUGUGCGGCCGCCCUCGCGCUGCUCGCACUGCUCGUGUGCGCGCUGCUCGCGUACAUCUGUCGCGCGAGGCGACGAUCGAAGCAAGUAGCGAGCAGCACUCCGCACAAGAACGGCGGGUUCGUCGCUCACGAGAAGGUGCAGCCGGCAGGCGGCGCGGGCGCGGCGGCCGGCGGCGGGUCGGGCUCGCUGCUGAGCGUGUCGGCCGGCGCCAGCACCAUCCUCGCCAACUCCUCCUCCAGUCUAGACUUGCGGGACACGCUGCCUGACGGACGGAAUUCGAGAAGCGGCGCGGCGCGGUCGCGUGCAGGCGGGGGUGCGGGGGGUGCGGGCGGUGCGGGCGGUGCGGGGGGUGCGGGGGGCGGCGCGGUGGCUCAGAUGAGCGACCACCUGGCGGCGGGCGCGGGCCGCGCGGGCCGCUCGGGCGUGGCGUGGCCCAGCGCCACCAUCCCCGCGCGCGUCAAGCAGCUCAGCUGGGACGACCCCCAACAGGUGCGCACUCCUCACUACACACCACUCGACAGCGGGCAGGAGGCGAGCCCGCACGACGCGACCAACCCGACACUGGCCGAUCACAUGAACCUCACCGUCUACUUCUGAGCGAGCCGGAGCCCGAGCCGGCGCCUCCACCUGCGCCGGCGGACAACACUCUCUUAAUAAACUUCCAUUCCAAACCACCAAACAACCGC